UAGUUUCGUUUUCCCUUCGUGCAGUGGCGUCAGACUGUCUAUAAAAACGCAGCAGUUCAGUCUGCAGUCAGGAUCCGUCCGAGCACACCGCAGCUGAGUAUUUUGUUUAGAUCGUGUCUAAGAUGUCCAUCAUCCAGAUCCCGCCUCACCACUACAUCCAUGUGCUGGACCAGAACACCAACAUCGCCCACGUGGAGAUCGGACCGCUCACCUACAUCCUCCAGGACAAUGAAAGAGUGCUCUUCUCUCCGAAGCAAAUGAUCACGGUGCCACCGCAUCACUACUGCGUGAUCGCCAACCCUGUGGCCCGCGAUGAUAACGGCCAGGUCCUUUUCGACCAGUCCGGUCAGGCCAUACGCCGCCAUGGCGACCUGGGGAUCCGUCUGUCCCAGGAUCCGUUCCCGCUGUACCCCGGAGAGGAGAUCCAGGAGGAUGUGACGCCGCUGCAGAUUGUGGAACCGGACAUGGCGCUGCGUCUGCGGGCGCUGCAGGACUUCGAGGAGGAGGGAGGAGAGAGGAGAGCGGCUGGAGACGAGUGGCUGUUCAAAGGGCCUGGACUCUACAUCCCGCGGAACGAGGUGAUGGUUCUGGAGACCAUCGAGGUUCGCAAUGAAGGAGGAGACGAUGGAAAUGAAGGAGGAGACAAUGGAACCGCCCUUAAAGUCGCAGGAACAGUUGUUGGCGUGGUAGCAGGUGCAGUGGGAGCUGUUGCCGCGGCCCCUCUUGUUCUGGGGGCCAUAGGUUUCACCUCAGCUGGAAUAGCAGGAGGCUCCAUCGCUGCAGGCAUGAUGUCCAGUGCUGCAAUUGCUAACGGAGGAGGAGUGGCAGCGGGAAGUCUGGUGGCUAUUUUGCAGUCAGCAGGUGCGGUCGGUCUGUCGGGAGCUGCCUCUGCAGCUGUGGGCAGUGCUGGAGCAGCAGUUGGAGGAGCAGCUGGAGCAACACUGGGAUGGAUGACUGGACUCUUCAGAAAGGAAAAUCAGAAAAAAUGAUUAAUUCAAAUUGUUUAGACUUGCACGCGACAUGCCACUCCUGACUAAACCACUCCCACAAGAUCAUAUGGCUCCGCCCCUCAGGUUUUUUUUUUAAUAUUCCUUUGUAUAGAAAAAAUCAUCCAACUGCUAACCAUUUCAAUCCACUCUUGACCAACAAUAAAUUGUUGGAACGGUU